AUGGAUAGAGCUCUAAGACCUUCUCGCUUGGAUACAUUACCAAACUCACCUUCGGCAACAAAAUUAUUUAAACAUUGGCUCAGAACAUUUGAAUAUUAUCUUAAUCAACUCCCUCAAAAACUCAAUAAGUUAAAAAUCCUGACUAAUUUUGUUGAGCCUGAUGUUUAUGAAAUAAUAAGUGAAUGUCCAAAUUAUGAAGCAGCAAUACAAGCUUUACAAUCUGUGUACAUCAAACCAUCAAAUGAGGUUUAUGCACGACACCUCUUGGCAACUCGUAAGCAACAGCCAGUAGAAAGUUUUGAUGAGUAUUUACACGCUCUUAAAGUUUUAGCAAAAGAAUCUAACUUUAAACAGGUGUCUGCUAUUGAAUAUCGCGAUGAAUAUAUUAGAGAUGCAUUUAUAACAGGGAUAAAUUCACAGGUUGUCAGACAGCGACUACUAGAAAACAGUACAAUAAGUCUGGAUGAAAUAUUUUCAAAAGCUAGAACCUUGGAAUCAGCACAGAAAAAUGCUGAAAAUUACCUCCAGUAUAAUACAUCAGAUACAACAGUAGCUCCAAUAACAAAAAAGCCAAAGCAAUUUAACUAA